AGAUGUCAGCUUCUUCUUCUGGUCUGUUUACCGGCACCAGGAAAGGAGUCCUUCCCGUUCACGACAGAACCAUACAUCCGCCAUGAAGUUCACCAACUCCCUCCUGGCCUUCGCCAGCAGCCUCUCCCUCACCAGCGCAACCCCCCUGCUCUCACCCCGCGCUGCUAACCAGUCCCUUCCAGCCAAAACCAUCUUCCAAUUCAACGAGACGGGUACUUGGUUCGAGAACCUCUCCGUACGCCCCAACGGCGAUCUCGUCCUCACCACCCUCACUCCCAGCGCCCAGGUCUGGACCCUAAAGGCGCCGUACUCAGCCAACCCCCAAAUCGGCCUCGUACACACGUUCCAGGACGGCAAGCCAGGGCUCGUCGGCAUCGCAGAGACCAAACCGGACGUCUUCGUCGUCAUCGCCGCCGAGUUCGCAGGCGCCGGUAACGCCGUCCCGGGCACCUUCGCCAUCUACGAGAUCGCAUUUAAAGGGAACGACGUGACGACCCGGAAAGUCAUCGAUUUCCCCGAGGCCAAGCUGGCGAACGGCGUUGCGACGGUGCCGAGGUGUGGGAAUACUUCUGUCGUUUUAAUCGGAGAUAGCUUCGCCGGCUCCUUGUGGCGCCUCGAUACUGGGACUGGGAAGUACGAGUCCGUGCUUGCGGUCGCGGAGAUGACGGCGCCGGCUGGUGGAGCGCUGCCGAUUGGGAUUAAUGGGUUGAAGGUCCAUGCUGGGUUUGUGUAUUGGGGCAACUCGGCUACGGCGACGAUUUAUCGUGCUAGGAUUGAUAAGAAGGGGUAUCCGGUGGCUAAUGCGACUGUUGAGGUAGUGGCGGCGCUGAACUCGAAUUUCGUGGAUGAUUUUGCGUUCGAUGCGCAAGGGAUGUUGUGGGCGGCGACGAAUGGUGAUAAUAAGGUUGAUAUCAUCCGUCCUGAUGGUGCGUUCGAAACUGUUGUCGGUGGGGCUACGUUGGAUACUGUUGGGGGUGACUCGGCGGUUGCAUUUGGUAGGACAAGUGCUGAUAGGAAUACGGUGUACGUGUCGACGAGCGGCGUGCUGCCGGGGAACCGGACUGAGCCGGCGAAGAUUGUUGCCAUCAAUAGGGCUGGUUUCCGGUAGAGAUAUUUUGGAUUGUUCUUGAUUAUUUGGAUGAUCUAGGGUUCGUCCGGGUGGACGAGAUUUUGAUUACAGCACAUGGGCAUCCCGCUCCGAUACACUUCAUGAAGAUACCGGCCUAGAGACCCGCGGUAUGAUCAAGAAGUUUCGGUUGCCCGUGACCUUCAUUUAACUACAAGGUCUUAAAGGCAUCCAGAGCG